GAUCCAAUCAGCACUGUGAAUUUCGUGUUUGGCUAUGGCGGAGGAGGACAUGUGGUGCGUGGUCACCGGAGGUCGGGGUUUCGCCGCUCGGCAUUUGGUCCAAAUGCUAAUCCAAUACAACACGUACUCAGUUCGCGUCGCCGAUUUGGGAGCCACCAUUGAACUCGAACCCGCUGAGGAAACCGGUGUUCUCGGCCAAGCUUUACGUUCUGGUCGUGCUCAGUAUAUCUCUCUCGAUCUUCGCAACAAGGACCAAGUCUUGAAAGCAUUCGAAGGAGCUGAGGUUGUGUUCCAUAUGGCUGCUCCAAACUCUUCCAUUAACAACUACCAGCUUCAUCAUUCCGUUAAUGUCCAAGGAACAAAGAAUGUCAUCGAUGCUUGUGUUGAGCUGAAAGUGAAGCGACUCGUUUACACAAGCUCUCCCAGCGUCGUCUUUGAUGGAAUUCAUGGAAUUCAUAAUGGAAACGAAUCAUUGCCAUAUCCACCUUCGCAUAAUGAUCAUUAUUCAGCAACUAAAGCCGAGGGUGAGGCAUUGGUUAUGAAGUCUAAUGGGACUAAUGGGCUCCUAACAUGCUGCAUACGCCCUAGCAGUAUCUUUGGGCCCGGUGAUAGACUGUUGGUGCCUUCAUUAGUUGAUGCUGCCAGGGCAGGGAAAUCCAAGUUCAUUAUUGGUGAUGGCAAUAACAUCUAUGAUUUCACUUAUGUUGAAAAUGUGGCUCAUGCCCAUAUAUGUGCUGAACGAGCUCUAGCUUCGGAGGCUACAGUUUCAGAAAAAGCUGCUGGACAGGCAUAUUUCAUAACAAAUAUGGAACCUAUAAAGUUUUGGGAGUUCAUGUCCCUGGUUUUGGAAGGUCUUGGAUAUGAAAGGCCAAGAAUAAAGAUCCCAGCCUUUGUUAUCAUGCCAAUUGCACAUUUGGUGGAGUGGAUAUAUAGGCUGCUAGGCCCAUAUGGGAUGAAGGUGCCUCAAUUGACCCCUUCAAGAAUAAGACUCCUGUCUUGCAGCAGAUCUUUUGAUUGCUCAAAAGCAAAGGAUCGCCUUGGCUAUGCACCCAUCAUAACACUACAGGAAGGUCUACAGAGAACGAUUGAAUCAUACCCACACUUGAGGGCUAAAACUCAACCUAAAACUAAAAGAGAAGGUCCCUCAAAAGCUUUCCUAUAUCUUGGAAGUGGAAGAGUUGCUGACACAUUGCUUUGGAAGGAUAAAAAGCAAACUUUCACCACGUUGUUGGUCUUGAUUGCAAUAUACUUUAACUUCAUUGCAUCUGGGAAUACCAUUGUUACUGCUCUCACAAAGCUUCUGGUGUUCAUAUCGAUCUUUUUAUUCAUUCAUGGCAUUCUACCUGCAAAAAUAUUGGGGUAUACUGUUGAGAAAAUGCCCACAUCUUGGUUUCACUUAUCAGAAGAUAUGUCACAUCAAAUUGCUCUCUCAGUGUCCUCAUCGUGGAAUUUCUCUGUGAAUGUUUUGAAAUCACUUGCAGAAGGGAAUAAUGGGGUUCUGUUCUUUAAGGUUGUUUUCUCUCUGCUCAUUCUCAGCUUCCUUGGCGCCGUUUCACUUCAGAACAUAUAUGCUAUAGAAAAGUGUACUGGACUUACCUUUGCGUUUAUAGCUUUCUAUGUUUAUGAGAAGAAGGAGGAAGACAUCGAUGGCAUAUUUAUAAAAACUCAUUCUUUUGGAUGCAAAUUGAUAUCUGAUUUCGCCAGGAAGUUUCUUUCUUCAAAGAAGAUCGAUUGAUAGCUUGUUGCACCAGUUUUUUCUCGGAUACGGUGGGCAGUUGCAUUUCAUUUACCCCGCGUUCGAGUUCCGAGUAUGAUUGUACAAUAAUUGUAAUUUUGAUAUUCCGUGAACUUAAAAAAAAUUCUUUUUUCUGAAAAUACUGAUGUUACUUUGAUGAGUUGCACUCGUCAGCUGUUGGAAUUUCAAAAUUCCAGUAACGUUAAGG